GGCACGGGCGGCCAGCACUCGAUCUCCGCCAUGGCCCGCAUGCAAGUGUUGUUGUUGGUGGUGCUGGUGGCCGCCUCCGUGGCCGCACCGCCGCCCAGCAGGUAUACUAAUAAGUACGAUGGCGUCGACCUGGACCGCAUCCUAAAAAACGACCGCAUCCUCACCAACUACAUCAAAUGUCUAAUGGAUCAGGGACCCUGCACCUCCGAAGGACGUGAGCUCAAGAGAACCCUGCCUGACGCGUUGGAGACUGACUGCACCAAGUGCAACCCGAACCAGAAGGGCGCCGCCGAUAAGGUGAUCAACUUCCUGAUCAAGAACCGCCCCAGUGACUGGACCAGGCUGGUGAACAAGUACGACCCGAGCGGCGCGUACCAAAAGCGCUUCGAGGCCACUCUGAAUCGCAAUUAGUUCUGCUUCCUCAUCCUGCUCAAGUAAUAAAAGUCAACACACCCCUCAACUCGCACUCUUAGAGCUAAUUUCGCUUAUUGCACGGUAAUAACGCUGAGAAAUUAGUGUAUAAUUUUCAUAUUGCAGCACAGCAUACAUUUCUCUACACGCAAAGUACAAAAUGACAAAAUACUGUGUUUUGACGAGAUGCAUUCCUAGACUUUUGUGAACUGAAUAUUAUGGAGACCGAAGUUGUUGUCUAGUUGUUAACCGGAAUGCAUCUUAGUUAUACAGAAGGAGAGAGGAUCAUUAUGUAUGCACGAAGCAAGGCCACAUUAUAUCUUUCAUUCUUCCGCUUCGUUAAGGAAACACAGAUUUGGUAUUAAAUUAUCUUUAAUUUGCAUUUACACACGCCGGAUUUUUGUAAUAAACUAUAUAGUUUUAAUUAUAACGAGA